CGUUCUCAAUCAGCUACAAUGGAGGAACUUCAGAGGAAACUGAAUCAACGCUAUGAAGGCACCAAGCCCAGAAAGGUGAGGUUCAAGCUGGCAUCGUCCUACAGUGGUCGGGUGCUGAAGCACGUGUAUGAGGACGGUCAGGAGCUGGACAGUCCAGAGGAGAAAUACCCUCACAGCUUCGUCCACCGUAAGAUCCCACCCAGCCACCUGGAGAUGGACCAGCUAUGUGGAUUUGAGGAUGCUCAUGGGGACCAACAGGGUGUCUAUCCUCCAACAGGGCUCAUUGCCCAGAGGAUAAAUGUGUACAGAGGAAUGGGAAGCUACAAGCCUGCUGCAGGCAAGACUGACGAAGCAGAUGGAGAUGCCAAAUCCUCAGUGUUGGACUUUGGCAAGAUAAUCAUCUACACCAGCAAUCUGCGUAUCAUCAGGGCACCGCCGAGGAAGCCUGAAGCUUUGCGGCACCACACAGUGCCCCCUGCGGACUUGGAGGGAUACACAAAGGCCAGGGAGAGGGGGAGCAGGAGGAGGGCUAAAGCGCUUUGCACACAGGAGGGAGAGGAGAAAGAGGAGAAACAGAUCAGUGACACGGAGACCAAGGAGGCCGACAGCUGCCAGCAUUGUGGCGGUUCAGGCUGCGCUCCCUGCUCUCUGUGUCACGGUAGCAAGCUGUCCAUGCUGGCCAACCGCUUCAAUGAGUCCAUCAGUGAUCUGCGUUGCCAGGCCUGCUACCCCCAUGGUCUGGAGAAAUGCCAGUCCUGCUCCAGCAAAUAG